AUGCAGCGCUCCCCUUCGACGCUGUGGUCCCCGCACGCCGCAGACACCUGCCAGGCUCCGCCUGGACCGGAGCGUCCUCCCGCGGCCAGGGCUCGGGCAGCUGCUUCCAGCCUGGGACCGGCCUCGGACUCCAGCAGAGCACCCCGGGGCCUGGACAUGAGUACCCAGGAGCCCCCGCAGGGUCGAAGAUUCCCCAUUGAGGCCGGAGACUCCCCUGGCCUUGCCGCCGCCUCCGAGUCCCAGGACAGCCCAGAGCCAGUAGCUACGGAGCACAACCCGGUCAGGCCGCUUCGACGCUGCCCCGGCUGCCACUGCCUGACGCUGCUGCACGUGCCCAUCGACGUCUACCUGGCCAUGGGCGGGAGCCCCCGGGCCCGUGCCACCUGA